AUGAAAGAAAUAAAUUCUAAAGAUGUUACAGCAGCAAUGGAUGUAAUCUCAUACGAGUACAUUUCAGCAGAAGAUGCAAAGUCGAUAGCAAUGUCAUUUUCAAACACAAACACAACACUUCCAGACCAAAAGAGGCUCUUUCUAGACGCUUUCUACUCAUCAGCUCACUAG